AUGAACAUUUCACGUUUACUUGCCGGAACGAUUGCCAGCGUUUCCGCUCUCUUGCUCACAGUAGUUGGCUGUGGCCAGUCUCAAGAUGGCGUUGUUGGUACCGCACCACCCGCGACUGUCGAUUCGCAUGAUCACCCAAGUGAAGGUCCCCAUCACGGUGGGCUAAUCGAGCUAGGCAAUGAAGAGUACCACGCCGAGCUGGUGCAUGAUGACGCAGCGGGAACCGUGACGGUCUAUCUGCUCGACUCGGCUGCAAAAGCGGCCGUUCCAACUGAGGCGCCUGAGCUGCUCGUUAAUCUCAGCCAUGACGGAAACGCGGAGCAGUUCAAACUGGUCGCGAGCCCGGAAGCGAGCGAUCCAGUCGGUAAGUCUUCGCGAUUCACGUCAAGCGAUGCCGAACUCGCUGAAGACCUAGACCAUGAAGGAGCAGCAGCCCAGCUCGUAGUAACCAUUGGCGGAAAGCAGUUCCGUGGCAACAUUGCUCACGUAGCGAUCUCUAUGAACGGGUUCCUUGUAGCUAGAGCGGUGGCGAUUGCUGUGUUGGCGACCGCCUCACUUUCCUGCGUUCAUGACCUAGCCUACGCUGCUGAGCUAAACCAGACGGCGGAGAAAAAGGACGAGACGCCUGCGCAGAAACUUUCGACUGAGUUUCGCGAAGCGGCAGAACGGGCGACUCCGGGGCUCGUGACGAUCUACACGAUGCGGGGCCCUCACGAGACCCCGGAAUGGCGGAGCAUGGAGGCUCGUGGGGGUACGCAUCCCUCGACGCAAAAAACGUCCGGGCCUGCUGCUUACCCCGAUGCGGGGUCUCCCGACGAGCAAGGGUCGGGGAUCAUCGUCGAUUCGCAGGGUUUGAUACUGACGUGUCACCACGUCGUAGCAGCGGCUGAUGUUGUAUUCGUUGUCCUGCCGGACGGUCGCCGAUUCGAGCCAGUCGAAGUGUAUUCCGAUCCAGAAGCGGACUUGGCGCUGCUGCGAAUUGAGGGAGCAGGAGAGCUAUCUGCCGUUCGCCUGGGCAACUCGGAUGAGUUGGAAGUCGGUGACUGGGUUGUCUCGUUGGGGAAUCCUUACGAACUCAAGCGUUCGGUCAGCGCGGGCAUAGUCAGUGCAAUGGACCGAUGGGUGCCAGGCAUUCCACAUCCCAUGAUUCAGAACGACGCUGCAACCAACCCUGGUAGUUCUGGGGGCGCUUUGCUCAAUCUCGAUGGAGAAGUGAUUGGCAUCAUCACCGGGGCUUUCGGCUCGCGUGAAGAGUUUCAAGGCAUCGGAUUGGCAAUUCCUGUCAACCUAGUGACGGACUUUAUCGGCUCCAGGAACAACGAGCGGCCACCGAUGCAGGCGUAUCUCGGCUGCCAAACUCAGAAGCUUUCUCCAGAAGUGGCGAAACAGCUUGAGCUGCCUGUUGCAGGUGGACUCUACGUUAAAGACGUUGAAGAAGGUUCUCCGGCCUCGAAAGCGGGCCUCUCCGAAGGCGACAUCAUCACUCAUUUCGAUGGCCAGCCAAUCGACGAAGGUUUCCGGCCUGAGCAACUGCAUGACGAGCCCAAACCAGAGGAAAAGCACGCAUUCUCAGUUGUUCGUGGUGGACGUUCGAUUGCCAUGGUUGUGAAGAUGACUGGAUAUCCCCACGAAAGAAUGGACACUCAAGCCUUAGCUGCGGAACACGCCGUAACCCCUUGCGAGUACUUUGAUCAGGCGCUCGGGAUGGGGCUUACCACGUUGACACAAGAUGUGGCCAGGGAGUUGCGUAUCCCGAUAGACCAGAAGGGCACCCUCAUUACUGAGGUUGCGGUCGCAAGCCCGGCCUACAAGGAAGGGCUUGCUGCGGGAAUGGUCGUCGUACGCUACAACGAGCACGCAACGGUCGAUCCGAAACUCUACGAAACAGCGGCGAGCAGUGCGCCUGCCGACCGACCGGUGCUUAUGCUUGUUCGCUCAAGUAAAGGCAAUCAUCUUGUCGUGUUUGACGUUCAGUAG